AUGCGUAUGAAUCCAGACAUGGACGAUGACGAGAAGGGAAAACUGUUUGUUGGUGGUCUGUCAUGGGAGACGUCACAGGAGAACCUGCAGCGCUAUUUUUCGCGCUAUGGCGAUGUCAUUGACUGUGUGGUUAUGAAGAACAGCGAGUCGGGCAGGUCAAGAGGCUUCGGUUUCGUCACUUUCGCUGAGCCCUCAUUGGUCAAUGUUGUGUUGCAGAAUGGACCUCAUCAACUUGAUGGAAGAACUAUCGACCCAAAACCGUGCAAUCCUCGCACGCUGCAGAAGCCGAAACGCGGCGGCGGCUACCCCAAGGUGUUCCUUGGAGGUCUCCCGUCCAACAUCACCGAGACCGACUUGAGAAUGUUCUUUGGUCGUUAUGGAAAGGUCAUGGAGGUCGUUAUCAUGUACGACCAGGAGAAAAAGAAGUCGAGAGGCUUCGGUUUCUUGUCAUUUGAGGAUGAGGUGUCCGUCGAGAGAGUAACCCAGGAGCAUUUCAUCAAUCUCAAUGGGAAACAGGUGGAGAUAAAGCGUGCGGAGCCUCGCGAUGGGUCCGGCAAGCUGGGGUCAGGGUCCGGUGGCAUGGGUGGAGGCGCCAUGGGCGGUGCGCCAGGCGACGCGCCCGCCGCCGGCCAGUGGGGCCCGCCCCAAGCCGCACCUAUCAACAUGAUACAGGGCCACAACGGACAGAUGGGCGGCCCGCCCAUCAACAUGCCUAUGGCCGGCCCCAACAUCAUGCAAGGGUACCAAGGGUGGGGCACGUCGCCGGGGCAGACGUCGUACGCUGGCUACGGUGCGGCGGGUGGCGGCGCGGGCCCGGGUAACUACCAGGGCUGGGGCGCGCCGCCGGCUCCGCAGGCGCCGCCGCACGCGCCCGCCUGGCCCGCCACCAACAACUACACGCAGCACGCGCAGCCGCCCGCCCAGGGCUACGGCAGCUACGCGAACUACAGCUCGGCGCCGGCGGGCGCGUCGGCGGGCGGCAGCUGGACCACCUGGAACAUGCCGCAGAACUCCAACUCCACCGGCUCCGGCUCGUACGUGCCGCUGUCGGAGAGCGGCGAAAUGUACGGGCGCGGCGCGGCCGGCGGCGCGGGCGGCGGCGCGGCGCCGGCGCUCACGGGCGCGCUGUCCUCCGCCGCGCUCAACAAGUCCUCCUCCGACUACUCCACCUACCAGCAGUACCCGCCCGCCUACCAGCAGGACCAGGGCUCGUCGUACGGCGGGUCGCGCGCCUACAGCGGCGAGUACCCCGGCGCCGCGGCCGCGCAGCCGCCAGGUGAUGACUAUGAAUACACCGGUGGCUCUGGAGAUGGGUAUCAGCGGUCAUCGAAACGAAGCUAUCACGCAUCGUCAAGUGGCACCGCUUCGGCACCUUCAUACCAUCCCUAUCGGCGUUGA